ACUGUGUGUUUUCCCCCCUCUGUGCAGCUUCCAGGAGACGCUGUGGAGCAGAAAAACUCAGACUGCUCCAGAUUACUCUCCUGGUGGAUGAAGUUCUCUCUCUGGUUCUGCAGCCUCAUCAGAGAACUCCAUUGUACCUACACAAACUACCAAAAGAGCAAGAUCUCCUCAGAAGGGCCUGAUGGCUUCACUUCCUGUCCUACAAGAAGAGACGUUGUUCCGAAAGGGAUUCUGGAGCUAUCGAAUCCCAGCCCUGCUCUAUGUGCCGCAGUCCUGCACCAUCCUGGCAUUCGCCGAGGAGCGGCAGGAUGAGGUGGAUGAACACGCCAAGCUGAUAGCAAUGCGCAGAGGCACAUAUGAUGGGACUACCCAUCGUGUUCAGUGGAAUAAAAUGGAGACCAUUGUCAAUGCGCAGCUGGAGGGCCACCGUUCCAUGAACCCAUGUCCUGUGUACGAUGAAGUCACUGGGAACCUCAUUCUGUUCUUUAUAGCUGUCCCAGGAAAGGUCUCUGAAAACUACCAGAUCAAGACAAAGACCAACUUGGUCCAUCUGUGCCAGGUCACCAGCACUGAUAAUGGAUGCUCCUGGAGCCCUGCGAAGGAUCUCACUGAGACUGUCAUUGGCACAGCACACAAGGACUGGGCCACCUUUGCAGUGGGACCAGGCCACGGUUUACAGUUGCUCAAUGAGGCUCGGAGUCUCGUGAUUCCUGCCUACGCCUAUCGGAUACUUGACCCUGGGAAAAAACCCACCCCACAUGCCUUCUGCUUUGUUAGUUCUGACCACGGGAAGACCUGGGCAAUGGGGAACUUUGUGGCAAAGGAGAGUGCUCUGGAGUGCCAGGUAGCUGAAGUGCACAGCCAAGGAGAGAGGGUGCUGUACUGCAAUGCUAGAAGCAGCAAGGGAGCCAGAGUCCAGGCUGUGAGCUACAACCAUGGGAUGGACUUUGAUAGUGGUCAGCGGAUUGAGAAGCUGGUAGAACCUCCCCAUGGCUGCCAUGGGAGUGUUACUGGCUUCCCAAGUCCCGCUAACAUGAAGUCAGGGUGUCAGGACAGCUGGGUGCUCUACUCUCACCCCACAGACCCAGCUGGGCGGAGAAAUUUAGGAGUGUACCUCAACAAGUGUCCCUUAGAUCCCGCGUGCUGGACAGGACCCACUCUCAUCUUCAAGGGCUUGUGUGCUUAUUCAGAUCUGCAGCACAUGGGGCAAGGCCCUGAUGGCUUCCCACUGUUUUGCUGCCUGUUUGAGUUUGGCACCAGCUCGCAAUACAAAGAGAUUGUCUUCCUUAUGUUCACUUUGAAACAAGCCUUUCCAUCCGAGUGCUGAGCCACAGUGGACAGGCCCAUUCAGUGUCUGCCUGAGAAUCACCUUAGCUGACACUUCACUGCCAUGUCUCACCUGUCAGCAAAUGGCUUUUAUCCCCUGCCUUUGUCCUGGCUGAGAAGCCAUAUGAAAUGGAUUGCUUUUCUUUUGCUGUUUCCUCCUCCACCCCUUCCCGCCUGGCUGCCUUUUUCAGCACCAAAUAACAAGAGUGAAUGUGAUUUUCAUAUAGCGCCAUUCAGACUCACCAGCGCAGCCAGUGUGUGGGCAGAUGUGGUGUCCGUUACCUGCCCAACAUUAUUUAAUAGACUGCCUGGGAUGCUCCUUUGAAAGUGGACAUCAUUGGUAUCCCCUGUGCUUUGCAAUAAUGUCAUCCCUACCUUUACCCCUUAUUCCUCCCCUACCCCUGUCUCUCCUGAAAUCCUUCUCUGGGCCAUCAGCACAUCGUGUUCUGAAAACCGCACCUCCCUGCUCUCUCAGCUUCUGGGGAGCCAGGAUGCUGUGGCCGGAUUGUUCUCUUUCUCAUAUCAUACUAUCAUACUAUGCCAUCCUCUGUCUUCUUCCCUGGCUUCCUACCCAUUUCUGGAUCAUAGAAUCAUAGACUGGAAGGGACCUCGAGAGGUCAUCUAGUCCAGUCCCCUGCACUCAAGGCAGGACUAAGUAUUAUCUAGGCCAUUCCUGACCGGUGUUUAUCCAACCUGCUCUUAUAAAUCUCCAAUGGUAGAGAUUGCACAACCUCCCUAGACAAUUUAUUUCAGUGCUUAACCACCCUGACAGUUAGGAAGUUUUUCCUAAUGUCCAACCUAAACUGCCGUUGCUGCAAUUUAAGCCCAUUGCUUCUUCUCCUAUUCUCAGACGUUAAGGAGAACAAUUUUUCUCCCUCCUCCUUGUAACAACCUUUUAUAUACUUGAAAACUGUUAUAAUGUCCCCCCACAGUCUUCUCUCCUCCAGACUAAACAAACCCAAUUUUUUAAAUCUUCUCUGAUAUGUCAUGUUUUCUUGACCUUUAAUAAUUCUUUUUGCUCUUCUCUGGACUUUCUCCAGUUUGUCCACAUCUUUCCUGAAAUGUGGCACCCCGAACUGGACACAAGACUCCAGCUGAGGCCUAAUCAGUGCGGAGUAGAGCAGAAGUAUUACUUCUUGUGUCUUGCUUACAGCACUCCUGGAUCCAGUUCAGGAUUGCUCUCCUGGAAUUCAAGACCUUCCCUGGAUGCACUCCAGUCUAGCUAAUAUCUACCACUCAUGCGCCUCCAAUCCCAGCCUCUUCUCCUAGGUAGCUCUUUCUCUUGCACUGCCCCAUGCAGGUGGAUUUCUCACCGCCAAGAAAGCCUCAGUCACUCCCUCUCUUGAAAUCUUACAUGGUCCAGCCUGAUCCCUUUCAAACACGGGGCUAGCUCCAGUAGAUCACUUGCAGGCAGAAGACCAGAUCUUAAGAAGGGGGAAGGGGGAAUUUGGCCUGCAUCAGAACUACAGGGUUAGGAACAAUAAGUAUGGCCACUAAUGGUAAUUUCAAGUUUACUGUGUUGAGAGGGAUGAAGUGAGCUGUAGCUCACGAAAGCUUAUGCUCAAAUAAAUUGGUUAGUCUCUAAGGUG